GGUGGCGUCGAGGCCGCGAGUUGGUAGCUGAGUCGGCGCGGUGGUGAAAUUUCUGGGAGCGGCGUGGCGCUGUUGUUCGGGUGGGUGCCGUCUCGGAAUCCGUAGCCGGAAGAGUCGGGCGGGGAAGGCAGAGCCGCGUGGGGAGCAUGAACCACAAAAGCAAGAAGCGCAUCCGUGAGGCGAAGCGGAGCGCGCGUCCCGAGCUCAAGGACUCCCUCGAUUGGACUCGGCACAACUACUGCGAGAGCUUCCCGCUGAACCCGGCGGGCUGCAAGGAUAAUGUAGAAAGAGCAGAUGCCCUCCAUUUGUCAGUGGAAGAAUUCAUUGAAAGAUAUGAGAAACCUUAUAAGCCUGUUGUCCUGUUAAAUGCCGAGGCAGGAUGGUCAGCUCAAGAGAAGUGGACUCUGGAACGCCUGAAGCGCAAAUACAGGAACCAGAAAUUCAAGUGCGGGGAGGACAAUGACGGUUAUUCUGUGAAAAUGAAGAUGAAGUAUUACAUUGAAUACAUGGAGACUACACGAGAUGAUAGUCCUCUCUAUAUAUUUGACAGCAGUUAUGGGGAACAUCCAAAGCGCAAAAAACUUUUGGAGGACUAUAGGGUACCCAAAUUCUUCACUGACGAUCUGUUCAAAUAUGCAGGAGAGAAGAGAAGGCCACCUUACAGGUGGUUUGUGAUGGGCCCACCUCGUUCAGGAACAGGUAUUCACAUUGACCCUCUGGGAACCAGUGCGUGGAAUGCCUUAGUCCAUGGACAUAAGCGCUGGUGUCUCUUCCCUACCAGCACUCCCAGAGAACUGAUCAAAGUGACUCGUGAAGAAGGAGGCAAUCAGCAAGAUGAAGCCAUCACUUGGUUCAGAGUAAUAUAUCCCCGAACACAACUUCCCACUUGGCCUUCAGAGUUCAAACCUUUGGAAGUAGUACAAAAACCUGGAGAGACUGUGUUUGUGCCAGGUGGCUGGUGGCAUGUUGUUCUCAAUCUUGACACGACUAUUGCUGUCACUCAGAAUUUUGCCAGCUGUACAAACUUCCCUGUGGUGUGGCACAAGACAGUAAGGGGAAGACCAAAGUUAUCCAGAAAAUGGUACAGGGUCCUCAAGCAGGAACAUCCUGAACUAGCUGUACUAGCUGAUUCUGUUGACUUACAAGAAUCAACGGGCAUUGCUUCAGACAGUUCUAGUGAUUCAUCUAGUUCUUCCAGCUCCAGUUCUUCAGAUUCUGAUUCAGAGUGCGAUUCUAGCUCUGAAACUGAAGGAAUGGUGCAUCGAAGAAAAAAGCGAAGAACGUGCAGCAUGAUGGGAAACGGUGAUACUACCUCUCAUGAUGACUGUGUGAGCAAAGAGCGUAGCUCCUCCAGAAUUAGGGAAUCUUGUGGAAAACCGACCGCCGCUUUCAGGCAGCUGAAUUCAGCCCAGCUGCUCAGUUGCCCGGCGGCGGCAAAAAGAGGAGGAGGGGAAAAGCGCGAGAGGGCGACGACUCGCCAUCUCAGCUCCUCAGUGCUGUCGGAUCGCACAGCCGCCGGAGAAAUGGAUGUAGCGGUGGACUUAUACAUUGCAGUCCCGCUGCUUUUCACGGUCCUGGCUGUUAUUCUAGCGUCAGUCUUUGUCAAGCUAAGAUCCUCGGAAGAGGACAAAGCUACCGAGCCAGCGGCGGCAAAGGAAGAAGGGGAGGCCAAGGCGAGCGCUGCUGCGGUAGACCGGACGGACGGCGAAGCACUCCAGAAGGAUGAGAAGGAACCGGAGGCGGCCGGAGUGGAGCCUCGGAAGGAGAGAGGAGAGGAGGAGGAGGAGGAGAAGGAGGCGGUAAUAAGCAGAGAAGCUGGAAGAGACGCCGUGGAAGAAAUUGGGGCUGAAGAGGUGGGGACGAACGAAGGAAAGGAAGAACGGCUUCGGGAGAAGGGAAAAGAGGAGGAGGUCGAGGACAAGGCUGCCCCGGAGCCGGUGAAAGCAGAACAGCGGAGUCACGUUCAAGUGGAGCGGAAGGUGCCCGAUCAAGCGGAGUGGGACGCGGUCGUUGCUGCUCCGGUGGCUUUAGAAGAGCAAGAGGAGGAGGAGGACGAGGAGGAGGAAGACGACGAGGAGGAGAGCAAGGAGGAAGAUCAAGAAUCAGAAAAUGAGAAACUAGUAGUAAAGGAACCUGAGACUGAAGAUGCAGAUGAAAAGUUCUCUUUUAAAUAUAGUCCUGGAAAACUGAGAGGAAACCAGUAUAAAACAAUGAUGACCAAAGAAGAGCUUGAAGAGGAACAAAGGGUUCAGAGAGAGCAGCUGGCUGCCAUCUUCACCCUUCUAAAGGAAAAAUCAGACACUUUUGGUGAUAUGUCUGAAUCUGAUAUCAAAGAACAACUUAAGCUUUAUGACAUGUAGAUGUAAGUUUUUCUUUUUUUCAGUAUACUAAAGGUGUACUGUAAACGCUGUAGUUUUCAACAUGGUUAGAAUAUAUUGUAUAGGAAAAUGCAAUGAAUAGUUUUUGUAUUGUAUUUUAUCUUUUAAAAAUGAUUUUUGAGAAAGAAUAAAAGUCAUUUAGUUGUGUCAAAUCAAUAUUUAAGGCGCUAAAAUAUACCAAAUGCUGUUGUAAUUUCUUACAAUGAUCUUAUACUGUUUUUGAAUGCAAAUAUUCCAUUGCUACAUGCAGAUAUGUUACAGGCAGUGAAUGAUAUUAGACAAGCUGUUUUUGAACUUAUCUGUAACACAAUGGAGACACUUUCAAAAAGAACUUUCUUGAUAAAUAUAAGUAACCAGUGAGUCUGAUAAAUGGAGCUAAUAAAUCAGAAACACUACUGUAAAUCUAAAAACAAGUAAAUAGCAUCUGUCACUUUAUACUAAACUUUGUUUUCAAAGAAGCUUGUGUUUUAGAUUAACUCUGUAAAUAUUUAAGAUAAAAAGUGUCAAACUGUAGACACUUGUAUAAAUUUUUGAUUAAAUGUUUUGAUAGGAACUAUGGAUAAUAAAUGUGUGGAUUGUUAGAUUUCUGAUUACUGAAUCCACAGUGUUUUAAAGCAACAUUACAGAAGUGGCAUUGCCUUAGUGUAGGAUGGGGUUUUUUUAAGCUUCUUAGCCACAAAAGGCCCUUUACUGAUUCUGUUAUUGACUUGAGUUAAAGUAGGCUGUAAUUCACAAAAGCUCAGGUCCUUUUAUAAAAUCUGUUAUUCUGAAAAGGUGCUACUACCAGGCUCCUUCUCAUUUUGGGCAAUUAAAGUAAAAUCCAGGGCCAAAUCUACUUGAAAGCCAGUUUGGUGUAGUGGUUAAAGGCAUCAUAAGUUCUAGUCCCACCUUAGGUGUA